UAUACUUCACAGCUCCGUCUCAGUCUCCUCCGCCUUGUCUCCGCCGUUGUCGUAUUCAUUUGUUAGGGCAGCUGCGUCAAUACGAUGAAUGGGAUACUUUCAGAUCCGUUUACAAUCAGCUAUCCCACUGCCGUCCAAACCUCUCUGAACUCUGGUGCCUCCUUCGCAAAAUUCGACCCUUCGGGCUACUAUGUAGCAGGCGGAAGGCCAGAUGGGUCAGCAGUUAUCUGGGACCUAGACACGAAGGCACCAAUUCGCUGGCUGGAGGGACAUGUCAAGGCUGUGACAAGCGUCGACUGGUCACGUAACUCGCGAUAUGUACUGACCUCGUCGAAAGACUGGAAUGUGAUUAUAUGGGACCUUGCGUCGGAUACAGACCCCAUACGCAGGCGAGCUACUGUUAGAUUCGACGCACCCGUCGUGUCUGCUUCGUUCCACCCGCGAAACAGUCAGAUAGUAGUGGUUCUGCUCAGUCCUGGCGAUGCGUACCUUGUCGACCUGCGGAAACAAUAUCGCAGUCGCGUAGAGUUAUGUGAAAUCCAAGAGGGGAGCGAAGAUGAAGGACAGGGAAGCAGAGCACGGUCGGCGAUGACUGUUGUGCGCUUCGACCCCACAGGCCGGUAUGUCUUCGCCGGCACCUCUGCGGGUUCUGUCCUGGUAUUCAACACGCGGACGAAAACUAUGAUCGCAAGGCAUAAAGUCUCAGGAGCAGGCAUCAUCAGGGGUCUGGACUUCGCCAAAGGUGGUCGCUUGCCCGUGUACACUGCCUCGGCCGCUGAAGGCGAGUAUAUCGAACAAGAGCUCGAGCCAACAUACCGUUUCAAUGAUCCCAUUAACAAGAAUGCAUGGCAUGCUAUGGCUUACAGCCCCGAUGGCGAAUGGUUAGCAGGAGGCGCGGCUGAUAAUGCGUCGCACAAGAUCUACAUAUGGGACCUUGCAAACGAGGAACCGUUGCUUCAUGUCCACUGGCAUCCCAAGAAAGCCGCCAUUGUAUCACUACCAAUGUCGGAAACAUCCUUGUGUGGCAUUGUCCUACCCCAGACGGUGGGGCGCAUUCGCAGGCGGUUUGAAGAAGUCGAUGAGAACGUGGAGUAUGAAGAGAAGGAGGAUGAGUUUGACAUCGUAUGUCCAUUCUCACGCCCGUGGAUGCGAGCAUACGUAACCAAAGCCGUUUGUACGAUAGGAAGACGAAAGUGAGAUUGCCCU